GCAAGGAAGCUAACAAACGCAUUCAGACCUAGACAACUGAAGCUUUCUUCAAACAAAGGUAAAUUUUUGAACAAGACCGUGGCCGACUGCGCUGCGACUUACUCUAAAAACAUGGAAGGCUAUCCACUACUUCUCAGAAACUAUGUCGUCGUAAUGGGGAUCUUUGCUACAUUUCCAAGUAUUUCCACAGGUGACACUCCAACCUGUGUUCGUGUAGUCUGUAUUUUUAGUAGUCUGGGUCCCUUGGAACAUAUUUUCAGUACAUUCCUAAAGCUUUCAUUUUUUUUUUUACUUUUUCCUUACAGCUUUCAGUCAAGGAUCGAUUGGCAACUUUUUCUACGUCAACUUCAUGAUAAGUGAAUUUUCCUACCUGAAUAUCACAAGUAUUGGACGGAAUCUUAUUCAAAACGAAAACGAUUGUGGCUACGCCUGUUUAGAAAAUUCCUCAUGUUUUUCCUACAAUGUGGCUGCCUUCCCUGAUGUCAACGGCAAACUUCUUUGCGAACUCCUGCCAUCGGACAAGUUUAACAACUCGGACAAGUUCAACGCCAGUAAAGAGUUUCAUCACUUUUAUAUUCCGGUAAGUCAAACAUCUAAUUAAUGAAAAAUGUUCCUUCUGGAGAAAAUAAAAAGUUUCUUCUUGUUUUGUUUGUGUAAUUAUUUUCUUUUGACUCUCGCUAGUUUCGAAAGUUAGCAUUUGUAAAUCAAAAUUUAUCUCUUCGCUUGGAAAAUCUUGAAUGCAGUGGAUUACGUUGUGCUUCAAAUGCAAAGGAAUAGGCUAAUGAGUUUGGAUAAAAAAUAAAUAAAUAAAAAAACCUUAUAAAAGUCUUACGACCAAGUUAAACCUUUCUGUUAAACCUUUAAUUUGACCAUCUGCUGAUGCCCAAACAUACUUGAUGAAAUCGAUAUAUUUAUGUUCGGAUGUCCUAAACGUUAGUGAGGGGGGAGUUGCAGACAAAGGUCUCGACUGAAAUAUUUUUCGACAAAAGCGUUCAGCUCUUAAAACACAUUUGUCAUAUCAUGAAUUUGCUUAUUAUUUGUUUGCAUACUUGGAUUACCUUAAAAGUUACAGAAACGUUUUAAUAUUCCUAUUUUAGGCUAAUCUUUCGCCGGUUAGACUAUAUCAGCACAACGCCUUGAAAUUCGGUAGCAUCUGUGCAAAUUUCUGGGUAAAUGAAACAGCGUUACUCUCAAAACCUCACUAAAUACUCAAGUGAGCAAACCCACGGGGGAGUGCAAAAGAUAAAAAUGUUUAUUGCGUCCUUAAUUAUAUCGAUGUCAUCUAAGCAUCGACAUGUAUGUCAAAUUCGUUGCUUUUUGAAUCCAUGAAACAAAGCGAAAGGGAAACAAAGAAAAUUUAAUCCCAACUUUUGUAUGUUUACAGUAAGCUGAAUUUAAUCUAGGGUUCGGCUCGUUGAAGUAAUUAACCUCAUAUAGUGAAGACAAUGAAUGUCUUUAGUUUUCGUGCUGAAAGUUAACUGAGGCCCCGAAACUUUCUCACUUUCUAGUGCUUUUCUUGUUCUGUUUGGACAUUACUAUGGCAACACAAAGUACCUGACCUGUUAACCUAUGGGAACAUUCAACUGAGGAAAUUCGUAUCCAUUAAACGUUCCUGACAAUAAAUGAAUUUAAACGAGUAAACUGCCUUGUCGCAACAGUAUUUAUUGUUUCGAGUUCUUCGUUCUUUUUCACACACGCCAACCACUUUGAUGCUAGUGUUUGCCUGAUUCAAUAGGAUAUUGCCAUAGCAACGCACAUUCAAAGAUAGGCCUGCCACCUGUAACUGAUGAACCGUUCGUGUUUUGUUAUUAAAAAAAACAGCUUUUGUUAUUGCGUCACAAGAAAUACAUGUUACUGGCGGUAGAAGUUCUACACUAUGAAAAAGCAAGCAUCAAGUUUUCUAGAAAACGGAGACAAUAAUUAAGGGACUUAUCAAAGUCUGCUUUACAUUUGUUAGAGCUGCGCAAAAUUCCCCUUACUUGAUCUUAUUUUAAUAUUUUCAAUAUAUAUUUAUUUUUUAUCUUUUCUUUCAUCGUCCUUAUUUCGAGAAACACCUCGAUUUUUGUAACCUGUUAUAUAGGCUCCGAGAUAGUAGUGCAGCGGGAGAAGGGACAGAGAGGACCAUAUUUUUUUUUCCGCCGCUAUCCCCUUUCCUAGAUCGCGUGCGUCUUAUUUUAAAUAGGUUUCCUUCUUUUAUCUUACCGAUGUCCCUACUUUGAGAUCCUACGCAGUAUACCCGUAAGUUCAACAUGGAUGAUUGAAAACAAGCCUAAAAUUUCGAAUUUAUUAGGUUUGCACAAAAUCUAGUUAUUAGCAGAUUUGUUGAUGAGUUAGUACACAACUUACAAUUUGUUACCCCACUUUUUUAAAACAACAAACCAAAUUUUAACAGUAUUUAAUUUUUUAACAAAAUAAGACAAAAAGUAAGCAUGUUCAACAGUUAAGAGGCAGUCUCCCUAAAAGCGUUCCACUCGAUUUUGGACUCGCUAAAACGUUUGCCUCAUAUUUUUAUCAUCAACACUGCUAUCCAUCCUAAUAACGAAACUGCAGUUACAAUGAGGAAAUUGUUUAUUUUACUGCCAUUCCCAGCAUUUCAUUGCUGGACGACCGUUAGCGGCUAAAAUAUGCAAAUUUUAGAUGCCCUUUUACAGGUUUUUUAACGAUCGUUUAAAAGUACUUCGGGUCAUCAAAUCCUAGACUAUUGCACUCGUUUGGAAGCAUAUUACUUCUUCUUACUGUUCCAAUACCAUUUAGGCAUUAUCUUUCUGUAAUCAGCAAAAACUGGUCGUCUUUAUUUCACUAACCCAAUUAGGAAAGCAAGAUGCACGAAUAAAUGCCUCAAAAACAUCUCAAAAUUCUCAAAAGUGGCACCUAAACUAGAACUAAAAACAUGUUUUAGUUAAAGAUUAAUAGCUAUUUUGUCAAGUCAUGCAAUAAAACUUGUGGCACAACGCGAUUCACAAUGUGGACUGGAGUUCAAAGAAGUAAAAUCAACAAUCCGCUAAUUACGUCUACGCCAUAAUAAGUCUCGUACUUAUAAAUUCUUAUCAAGUAAAUUGUUUUUUGCCCUUAAAAAAAUGAAAUCAGCUGUGAAAUGUACAUUGAAUUAAGUUAGUGUCCGGACACCUUUAGGAAUUUGAUAUUAGUAUAAAUUCUAAGAUGUAUAAAUCUACCGGCCUUCGAUCACAAAUCUGAUUGUCUAUAUACAGUGCUAGUGCUAUGCUGGUAAUGCUGUACUCUAUCAAUUUCGUGAUGGACAGUGAGUGAAGUGACUGAGUAGCCUGGGGUAGCCUGACAGUGUUCGGUUGUAACCUGUUUAUACCACCACCGAAUAAAACCGUUAGCCUUUCAAGUUGUUACGCUUUGAACGACUAGGGGGUUUAUAUUUGACUGUUUUAGGGAAAUUUGUACCAGAUCUUUGUUUACUCGCAUGCAAUCUCGCUCGUUUUUUUGUUUUUGUAUUUUUUCAUAAGAUUUGUGAAGUAUUUGCGGUCUUUAUAUUCUUUGUCAUAGCAUCUCGGUAUGCAGACAUAUAAAAGCAAUAAGAUCCUCUCUGAGUGGCUCAACAACAUUGUCCGCGUAGGCUGGUGCAUCAAAUGAGUGCCGCACUGGAGUCGCAAAACGAAAUGAUAAACGCGGUGGCGCUUAAUUUAGUAAAAUCGAUAUCAAUAUGAAUUUGGAUCCACACGGAGGGUCCAAAGGCCGAUUUUUAAAAAUGUGAUCCUAGAUCCUUCAGCUGUUGUUCAGAUGUAUGUAUUUUUACAUCAUUAACGUGGGAGAAUGCAAGCGUCUGUAAGAACAGGGUAAUAACCGCUAACAAGACGUGAGACGAGAAAAGACGUAAAAACAGUGUAGGGGUCUCGACCGGGAGAAAUGUUCAUGCUGGGGAAACCUUCGACAAUGCCGGAUUCAGACUUCACGUCAGUUCUCACCUCUACUGAUUGUUCGAAUUCAAAGGUUUUUGUCCACGUUGGGCUUCAAUAGAAAAUCCUGUCGGUGAAGUCCAUGGUACCAAACAAUUGUCAUGAGUACUCUCAGUAAUAUGCCUAAAGGUAGGUAAUCACGAUUUUGGCAAUUUAACUCCGACUCCAAAUUAGGUUUAGAUAUGCGCUUAUCACUUUCUGUUUCACGCGUGUAUCUCGUGAUAUUCAAAUCCGUCAGCUCAUAAAUAAAUGAUACCAAAUGUGCAAGUGCAUCAGCUGACUGUGUAACUUUAUGCCAUACUGCAACACUGAUUAAUAUCAGGAUAUUUGACUUAAAGCCACUUCCUACUUUUCUCCAUAUAUAGCUUCAUUAUGUUUGGAUCUUCACUUCCCGCAUAAUUCUAAAUAAAACAAUUGAGCGGACUACUGAGUUUAUCAUUGUCUGAACUUGAAAUUACCAUUAUGACAAUACCCAUUGGCCCUUUUGUCGUUAUCUUAUCACAGAUAAAGGAACUAGUGAUAAGGAUAUUAGCAAUGAUUUUAUGAUUUUAUACGUACGUGAUCCUAUCCUUUAAAAUAGAUGGUAUACGAUCUUAGCAAUCUCCACACCAAUUACAUGCCUGUCCUUGGUCCUAAUGUUCCUUUCCUUGUCCUCUAUACGAGGUGUCCGCCAAAAACGUCCGAGUUUAUAUGCCGAUAUUUGUGGGUAAUCCCCGGGAGGACUUCCAUAUAAAAGUGAAGGGCUGCUCGUCGGAAAAUUAAUAAUUUAUUAUUUAAACCCCUAAGGGAGGCCAAGGUGGGUGUGGCUCAAGCUUAAACUGACCCCUAAAGGAGAUUUCUGUGAGGUCAGCGUCACCGCGUUUUUUUUGGCAAAUUUCUUUAUGCACAGCCUUAAGUGAUACCUGAAUGAGCAUAUUUAGGUACUUUCCGUCCCAAACAACCGAAGUGAGACCAAAAUCUGCAAACGACGAGCACCCACGUCACUUUUGUAUGGGAGUCCUCCUGGGGAAGCAGAUCACCAUCUGUUCCACUUGAUUUUUCGUAAGGUCAAUGAUUACCAUCUUUUGAGAGUAUUGGGUCGGCUUCACUUAGUUCAGACUUCGAUGGAUGACACAUUUCAUGGUAAGAAGUAAUGGUGUCCUGACAAUCGUGUACUUUUAUCAGUUGGAAAAAACGCGUGAACUUCCACACUUUAUUUUCUUGUUAAUUUCACUGAUGUUGCACGAUUCGAAAUUAACGUUGAAACUUUAUUAUUUGCGUGUGCCAACUUCUUUAUUAACUGGCUGCGAUACAAAAGUAGCCUUAGACUCCAGACUGUCUCCUGGAGCGUGAAAACAAACGCUGACCACUGUUAAUAGGACAAUACAGUCAGGAAAUGGAAGAAACCUACUAAUUGAAAUUUCAUUAACAAAGUCUUCAAAUAUGGGCUCGCCGUUCACAGUCCAGUACUAUCGCCCCAUGUUAGCGAAUACAAGACAGUCGUGGAUUCUGGAUCCCAUUCCAUGGAUUCAGGAUUCCGGGUGCUGGAUUCCAGUCUUUUCCUGUGGAAUUUCAUUCCUUAGUAGGGUGCUUCAGCUCUAUUCUGGAUUCCAAAGCCCUGGAUUCCGGAUUUCAUAUCAAAAUUUUCCCGGAUUCCGGAUCCUACAAGCAAAAAUUUUCCAGUUUCCGGAAUCCCGAUACCCUUACGUGGGGCGAAGUACAAGUCAAGCAUUUUCUGACCUGUUCACGCAUAUUUAAUUAAGCAGUGGGAAAUUUACUUUUCUUCUAACGUUCGAUUUUAUAAUAUGAUGGAUCGGAGUAACGUCUGGUCAAUGCAGCUCUUUCAGACUGGACCACAUUUUAAGCUAGAAGAGGUUUGGUUCUGAAAAGGUAUUUUUCCGUCUUGACACAACAGACUUAACACGAAUGUUCGGGGCAGUGGGAAUAUUAAAUGAAGCUUGGAAAGGUAUCUUUUACUUGCUGAACUAAUUUUUGAACAAUAUGUAUCAUUGGCAAAGAGAAAAAGGGAAUUUUAAUAUAGUUUUGGUGGGAAAAUGAGGCAUAUCUUACUUAAAAGUGGCAAGUAUUUGAAUAACUGAGGAUUUUGUUGUGACAGCAGCCGGUAUCGUCACGCAACGCAAAUUGAACAUUUGCCUAAAUUUGAGUUGAAACCUUCAAUUCUGAAUCGCGUUGUGCCACAAGUUUUACUGCAUAACUUGACAAAAUAGCUAUUAAUCUUUAACUAAAACAUGUUUUUAGGUCUAGUUUAGGUGCCACUUUUGAGAAUUUUGAGAUGUUUUUUAGGCAUUUUCUCGUGCAGUUUGCUUUCUUAAUUGGAUUAGCGAAAUAAAGACGACCAGUUUUUGCUGAUUACAGAAAGAUAACGGCUAAACGAUAUUCGAACAGUAAGAAGAAGUAAUAAGCUUCCAAAUGAGUGCAAUAGUCUAGGAUUUGAUGACCCGAAGAACUUUAGAACGAUCGUUAAAAAACCUGUAUAACAGAGACUAAAGUUUGCAUAUUUUAGCCGCUAACGGUCGUCCAGCAAUGAAAUGGUGGGAAUGGCAGUAAAAUAAACAAUUUCCUCAUUCUAACUGCAAUUUCGUUAUCAGGAUGGAUAGUAGUGUUGAUGGUAAAAUUAUGAGGCAAAAGUUUUUUCGAGUCCAAAAUCGAGUGGAACGCUUUUAGGGAGACUGCUUCUUAAGCAUUCGUUGAAAGCACGCUACAUGUAUAUAUCAAAGGCGACAAAAGCAGAUAAUUUUCGAACCAGUCUUUGUUCACUUAUUGGCUGCAUAUCUCCUCCUGAUAAAAAUGUUAACAUUCGCAUAAAAAUGAUAAAGUACUUCUAAAGAAACUGUGUUCAGCCUCCUUAAAGGCCAACUGAAAGUCAGGAGGAAAGAAUUGUGCCAGAAAAAAACGUUUUAAUUCUUAGAAUGCAAGAAAAUGCAAUUUAAUUGGAGGAAGAAAUUUACAAAGUAUAAGGAAUAUAAGAUGGAGUUUCAUUAGAAUUCAUAGAAAAACGCAGAAAAAAUGCGUUUAAAAGAUAUCCUGACCAGCUACGACAGAGGCCAAGCAGUGGCUCUUUAUGCCAUCGUCAGGCCACUCGCCGAUAUAUCUCUGCAGCCUGUUCAUCCUACAUCCUGGGCUGCGUCAAAAGAAUGCAUUGACCAGAAGCAACUAGCUGAGAAUACAACAGGCUGUGAACCCACUCACUGGGGCAAUUAAUGCAGGCAUUAGAUAUAGCUUCUGUUCUAGUUCAGCAAAACCAGCCGGCGGCUCGCUGAAAUAAUUUGAUGACCAAGCGAGUUAAAUUCAUUUAAUUACACAAGCUUAUUGCAUGCUAACCGAAGGGAAUUUUAGUUUGUAACUGCGCUAAAAAUGAAAUUCAAAUUUCAAAUCAUCUGCGAUUAUUUUAGGUGCCGAGAAAGGAGAAUCCUGAUGAAUUUUUGAACGUGUUCGCCGCUAAGAUGUUUUAUUUAUUUAUUUAUUUAUUUAUUUAUUUAUUUUUUCAUUCAGUCAUUCCGUUCGCUUAGACACAGAUAUGUUCUGUUCCUAAAGACAACUAAGCAGACCCAUCUUACCCUUUUACAAAAAAAACCUCUUUGUUAAAAUGUAUUUUCAAAAACUGAAUCAUUGGAUAACAUAACUCUAGCGCUCUUUAAUAUUGGCUUAGCCAUCAUGAUAUAUGAGACAUGAUACCAUGCUCUCCAAAUAUGGUAACUGUAAGAGUCUGCUCAGAAUUAAAAACUAGCUGAACAUCAUUUGUUUUUAAAAAUAAAGUCAGGAAGAAUUCUUGAUAUUGGGCUUUUGUAAUAAAGAAUUAUUCCACUCGCGUUUGUUGAAUAUGAGAUGAUUAUAGCCAACUCGGCGCUGCCUGCCUCGUUGGCUCUUGCUGGGGAAUAUAAGAAACAAAUCCUAAAAAGGAAGGAGGAAGAUUCAAAUAAACUUGUAUUUUAUAUCUUUGAGGCCACAAUAAAAAUAAGUGUUAAAGUUUUUUAAUCUCUUCUAAUAAUGAUAUAAAAAUGCCUCAUUUUAUUUUACUUUACUUUGUUAAGUUUUCUGAGACUAGGAAACUUUAUCCCCAACCUUUCUGUUCAGUUAUUUUUGAGGUUGCUGGCUCAUGAAUUUUGUGUGUUUGUGUGCUCAAAGUAUUUGGACAUACAAUGAAGCGGCUAUCGAGUUGGCGGCGGCUGUUUUUAUUAAACGAUUACAACAGCAUGCAUGCCAUAAGUUUCGUGACGAAAAUAAACUUCUGGCGAAGAAAACGUUAUUCAUAGUUCCUACAAUCUUGAAAAGGUCUUGAAUUUUACUAGUCGUCUUGAAAAGUCCUUGAAUUCGGUCUAGGUCCUUGAAAUCAUGUAAUUUAGUAGUCAUAUCAAUUGAAUUUGUAAGAAAUCUACUCUCGCCAUAAGAUCAAUGGGACGCAUUCGGAAAUAUCUCUCGCUAGACGGACUUAAAAUGUUAGUUAAUGUCCUUGUCAUCUCGCGAUUGGACUUUUGCAAUUGUCUUUUGUAUGGUAUUCCUAAAUAUCAAAGGGAUAAGCUCCAACGAAUCCAGAAUACUGCGGCGCGUCUUGUGAUGGGCGUAAAACUUUCAGGUCAUGCAUCGCCUAUACUAAAGAACUUGCAUUGGCUUCCAGUUGAAAAGAAGAUUGAAUUUAAGAUUCUCCUCAUAACGUAUAAGACUAUACAUGGCCACUCUGCGGACUACCUGAAGCCUUUAAUUGAAAUGCAUCAACCGUCACGAACUUUAAGAUCAGCGUCACGUUCACUACUCUGUCCUCAAAAAAAUUACGGGUGUAGAGCUUUUUCUUUUGCGGCACUGAAAUUGUGGAACUCCCUGCCGGAGGACAUUAAGAAUGCCAAGACUGGAAUCUGUUUUAAAAACAAGUUGAAAACUCAUCUUUUUAGGAAGGCUUUUUUUUUUUAGUAAGCAUUAUGGUGAACUUAUUUAGAUAGGGAUUUUCAUUUUAUUUUCUGUUUGUAAAUCAUUUUAAAUCAUUUUAAGGCGCAUCGAGCUUUGUAAAUGCGCCAUGUAAGAAUGUAUUUAUUAUUAUUAUUAUUAUGUCGCAGUAUAAAACUUUGGAAUGUUGUCCACAUUAUGAGUAGUAUAGGGCGCAUAAUGCAACCUACACCACUUGAGAAGCUAUACUAUACGUUAAGCUAUACGGUACGAAACCUAAUACGAUCCUAAUGUAAAUAAUAAUAUGAAUGUCCCUACUUAAAAAGCCAAUUUAGAAUAUUAUUAAAUUCUUAUACUCUGUAAAACCUACGCAAAGACAUGAUGAUAUAAUUAUCUCUACUAGAAGCCUAAUUAGAAAAUUAUUCAGUUUUUAUACUCUCAUUUUCUCUUAUAUACCUACACGAGGCCAUCUUAAUGUGGUUAUCUCUACUAAAAGCUUAUUUAGAAUAAUAUCAAACUCUAGUACUCUAAAAAAUCUAAGUAAAAACGUCAGCAAACUUGUGUUUUAAUAUCAUUAUUAUCAUUAUUAUUAUUAUUAUUGUUAUUAUUAUUAUUAUUAUUAUUAUUAUUAUUAUUAUUAUUAUUAUUAUUUAAGUGUUGGAUUUCUUUAUUAGGUCUUGGAAAGUCCUUGAUAUUCACAACCUUGUCUACACCAGACACCAUUUUCUCUAAAAAUAUAUUAUUUUGCCUAAAAUAUUUGACUCAUCCUCGGUGUAAGAACCUGUGAAACUCACGAAUAACGUAACACAUUUUUGUGUAUGAACAAUAUUUUAUUUCUGUCUCUUUAUUUCAAAUGCUAUUUGAGAACCUAAGAUGCAAUUGCAAGUCAUACCUAGUCAUUUUGCAAAGUCUUAUUGCGGAAAGUAGACGUAUAAAAUAAUGUGAUCAACAAUGGCCGAAGAAGCGGUAAAAAUCACAAAAAACUCCUUGACGUGUUUUAGCAACUGUACGGUGAUGAAAGUGGGUUAAAGAAUGCCGAUUUAUUUAAUAAAUCUUAGUCUUUGAAAAUUAUAAUUUGUUCUUGAAAAAUCCUUGAAAAGUCCUUGAAAUGUUUUUGUCUGAAGUUGUAUGAACCAUGGUUAUAGAAUUCGGCUAGAUUCCUGCUUGGCCUUCUUGUAUAUAUCUUGAUUCACGGCAACGCUAAACGCGACCGGUUGCUCUUCCAGCAGCUUGUUCUCAUCGGACGUAGGAGAGGCAACAGGACUAGUUAGAUUCUGUGAAUGCCAUGUUUUUGAACUGUUUGUGUUCGAGCAUAUUUUUGGAAACUUAAUAUCAGAGUUUACUUUCCCUUUUUAAUGACGGACUGCUUACAACGGAGUAGUGUACCAAUGAUACUUGGUUCUGUUUUUCUCCACGUCGCAUUGAUUCGGCACGAUCGAACAAUUUUGCGCGAUCAAUGUGGGUUUCCCUAUUUAAAAAAAUGUCAAAACAAAGACAUCAACAACAGCGUCUCUUUUGUUCUGUCAGCAUCUAAAUUAUAAAAUCAGUAAAGAAAGACAAGUCUAACUAUUAAAGAUUUGAAACAGUCCUGGCCCCUGUUGUACAAACGUUGGACAGCGCUAUUCACCUGAUAAAUCGUUAUCCAGAGGAUAAGCAUGACGAAAACCAAUUGCGCUAUCCGUUGGAUAGUGGUUUAUCCAGUGGAUAGUGCUAUCCACCUUUUGAACAAAUAGGGCUUCGUCUUUAUUAGUCUUUGGUCUAGAGUCUUUUGUAGGUCGUUAAUAAAAUAAAACUUUGAUCUAUUUUGUUGAAUACGACAAUGUUGUUGUUGAGUUUUUGUUUGCGCUCUACUUUUAUGAAUGGCAUGCGUUCGAAGAAAUUGAGAGAACUUGAUCUAGUAUAACCAGAGAGGAAACAUUCUUUAAAUUCUAUCAAAAUAUCCCUUAUACAAACCCAAUCGCUUGUAAACGUCUCUGUAAUUUUCAGAGGAAGUGACAGAGAAAGUCAAGCGUUUUAAACAAUAGAAUUUUGACGGUUGAAAGUAAUUUGCAUAACUUCAGCGCGCAUGCUCUCCAGCUGACAUAGCCCCUUUAAGUUGGGGGAUGAAGAACGUCGUGUUCCAAAAGUCCGAAAUUCUUUUGAUUCUGACUAUUAGAAUAACUACGAUCACACACCUUGCUAAGCCUGAAUCCAUAAUAAAUAUCGUGAAAAACUUUACCAACAAAAAUUUAUCCGGCUAAUCUUAAGAUUACAUUAUAUUUUAAUUAUACUUAAUACUUAUACUGUAUAUCUGACUUGCUUCUCUUUGUGUAGUCUCCAUGUGACAGCUCGCCCUGUAAGAACACUGGCAAAUGCAUUCCCUUGUACCAGAAAAAUGGAUAUAAGUGUACCUGCGUGAAAGGAUUCACGGGACGAAACUGCGAAACGAGUAAGCGAUACUUGGCUGAAACAAGUAUCAAAUUAUGCUAACUUUUGUUUUCUCUAAACUGUCUCUCUCUUGAAAGUUAAAUCACAGGGGGCACAUUAUUAGAGAACUUUGCCAGUGGAGAAACCCUGAGUACUACUACAUGUUGCGGCGUAUUUCAAUUUUUGCUGAAGUCGUAUGUACUGCUAGAAAUUGCGGAACAUUCUGUAAAAUACCUUUGCUUUGACUCUCUCCUACAGAUAUAAAUGACUGUGUCAAUAUCACUUGUUUGAACAACGGAACUUGCAUCGACCUAAUUGAUGGCUUCAACUGCAGUUGCCCUCCAGGAUAUGCUGGGAAUCGAUGCGAAAUUGGUUAGAUUCUUUUUGUUAUUAUUUGCAUUGAAUUUUUCGCCCAUACGCAACAUGUUAUACCGUCUAUACCGUGUAGCAUGAAAUUUUUGAGGGACUUUUAUUUUGAGGAUUGGCGAUGUUUUGAGGUUUGCAGGAACAAAUUUUUACGGCUCCAAUUGACUGAAAUUUCCGCAGGGAUGAAACUAAUUUUUGCCGGCGGUUUUCUUUUCGAGCAGCAAAACAUCAACAAGAGAUCGAGGAUCGUAAUAUUUUCAACUUUUAUUACUUUUUUUUAAGGUAAAACGGCAGUCUAUACUUCUCAGACAUUUCAGUCAACGACAAGCUGGUCGGUUACAACAAAACAUUUCCAGUUAAGCUGUAAAAGCCCGACUUAAAAUACAAAUUAAAAUACAACGAAUCUAAACUCAGUCAAUCAACACCUGUUGCGCAAGCAACAGCAGAAGCGUAUCUAGAGCUACCGGUAGAGCAUCGUUGUUCUUCAGUGUACCUCUUGUGCCUUAGACACUGGAAAAGUAUUGACUUAAACUUUUAUCGUUUUAUCGUUUCGUUUUAUUUGUAUAGCAGGUAAGGUCCGAUUGCUUUUUCUCAUCAGGGCAAAUAUUAAACGAAACGUUCUUGUUUUAUCCUGAUGUAUGGUACUAGCAGCACUGAUGGAUUAAAAGCUAUUUUUAAAUAGCGGUUUUUAAUUUUGCUGGUUUUUUUUUUUUGUUAUCUGCCGGAACUUAUUUUUGCGGAUCAACGACCAUCCGCAAAAUCCACAAGAAUUAAGCACCGUAUAAUUAAAGUGCUACACGGUACAUCAAGUUAUGUAAGUACCUAAUAUAGGUGAAGGUGUUGAAUGCUGUUGGGUGAUAAUAUACACGAUCAAUUUAAAUCCUACACGAAGCCUUUACACCCAGCCGACAAUGCGAGUUCAGCUGUCCCUCCUCAUUCUUCCCCGCUAGAGGCGUUUCGUGGGAGAGAUGUUUGCAAUUCAGCCAGCAAAUUUAUUGAUUACGUACAUCUUUCUGAAAUCUGGUGAUUGGUCGACUUUGUAAUCUCAUUCUUUUAGCUUUUGCAUCGUGCGCGUUCGACGUUAGGAGAACUCAACCUCUAAUAUUUUGGAUUCCUGUAGAGCUUGCUUCUCCUCCCAUAGUCAGGUACAUGUGUUGCCUUUUCAACAUUUUUUUUGCCGUACGUCUGCAUUUUUGGCGCCGGAAUUUAGUCAUAGGUACAUUCCCAUUACCCUUGUUCGAUCAAGAAAAAACAGAUGGUGCAACUCGUCAUUUUUCGAAAGCACGGAGUUAUUUGAUUUAGGCGAGAGAAUUAAUUUCGAGUUGUUUUUGAGGCGGGUUCUAUCCCUGAGAUGGCGAUUCUGGCCUACCCUUCUCGGACGAUACUUCAUUGUUAGUAAGAGAUGUUAUACCGGUCAGAUUGAGCUGAAACAUCGUACCAAGACACAAAUAAACACCAGGGCCCAGCUGUUCGAAGAGCACUAUUAUCGCUUGAACCCGGUGUUAAAUUUUAAUCUGGAUUUCUCUUUCUUUUGCACGAAAGCAUUUUCUCGGGUAAUUUUCGCUAUUCUUCAAUUUAGAAACAUUCCAUCACCUCAUUGUAGACAAAAAUAAUUAAACUGAAUUUGUUUUUUUACGCUUUCAUAGCUGAAUUCAAAUUUUGCACUAACUCUGGGUUAUCUCAACCCACAAUCUUGGAGAAAAAUGUUGGGACAAAUGGACAUUACCAUGUCUAGAUUCAAGAUAAAGCUUUUGAAAGCGCUGACAACUACAAAUACUCUCCCUUGUCCACCCAAAACAACAACGUUGAAGCCGGGGUGGAUCAUUUCUAAACCCGACUAAACAACUUUGACCAGGGUGGGGCAAGGGGAGGGGCCAUAUAGGGAUAAGCGUUCUGGAGGGUAAGAGAGUGCAAAAUAGACAACACUUUUUGUCCAAGAUUGCAUCUUUGAACAACCUGGCUCAGUACAGGUAACAAUUUUCAUGCUCUUUAUGCUCUGUUGAGGACUUUACCUGUGCGUUUGCUUCUAUAUAUUUUUUCCCACUGCGCAAAACACAUUCCGGGAUAAAGUACGUUGCGUUUACAGAAUUUUACCCGUGUAUUCCUAAGUAGUGCUUAUUUCGACGUCUGAUAUAUCUGUGCGGAAUUUUUGGAGCUGAAUAACGAUGAACAGUUCGCACAAUGGCAAAAGAUUUUGUACCCUAAGCGAUGUUUGUUUCGCUGACAUCUGUGAUCUCACAGAGACACAAAGAUCAAAUGUAAACGGGAUGAAUCCACUAAAAACAUUCAUUAUUGGUGGAGUACAUCUUUGUUACAUCUUCGUUACAUCUUUGUUUACAAGAAGACAUUUGAGUUUUGCUGUCACACGCACGCAGAAGAACUGGAAACUUGACGAUAAUAAACGAACCCCAUGACUACCAGUGACACUGAUUAUGUAAACAUCGAUUUACGUCUUAGCUGCACCAAGGGCCCAAAAAAUAUUAAAUUAAAAAACUGAAUAGAAAAAAAUAAAGGAAUAGGGAGGAGGUAGAAAGGAACCUUUUCUCCCCUUCCCCUCUCCCUACUUCCAUUUUCUUUGCUCUCGCUUCCACUUUCGAGCGCGGAAACGCUUGCUGCACAGCCUAGCCGAAUCGGUGACGUUUCUCCCGCAAAAAGGUCCCUAGCUUUGGGGAGCAAAGAGUUACGGCUGUAUUCGCCGAUCUGAGAGUGUCUGUCGUCCGUUUUGUAAUAUGUCGCUGCCUGGCAGCGUCACCUGCAUUCAUUCGUCUGAAUUAUAGUCUUGUAAAUCUAAACAAGGUUAAUUCCGGCAAAAUUAUGUUCUUCGUAUUCAUUUUUAGUUAGCUUGAUGGACGGCCUCUUGGCCUGUGCAUAUUCUCGAGUUUAAGAUGUUUCGAUAUAGGUUUUCAGAGGCCAUACCGAUAUUUCUCAAUCACUUUAAAAGUGAUUUUAUCCUUGUCCGAUCGCUGUAAAAUUUUCACCAGUAAUUGGCUGUGGAUUGAAAUUUGUGAAAAUGUAGUUUUAAGUAAAAUCGAUAAUAUAUACUAUUAAUUUGGACUUUUAUUAGAGCUUUUUUGUAUAUCUCUGAAACGACUCGAACGAAUUUUUUAUUUAUUUUUUUUCCCAUAAUCUUCAUAAUGUAUAUAAUAACGUCUGAAACUUUAAUUAAGAUUGAUUCACUGCAACAUCUUGAAAUUUCAAGACAAACCUAUCCUACGAUCCUGUCAAAAAUCCGCGCUACAACAUUCAGUGUUUUGACGUUAUGCUAAUUCUUUCAAAUUAAUGCAUGCGGACAAUACAUAUAUUCCUGACUAGUACAUUUCAGUGUGAGCAUUGUCAAUGUUUUAAGUUCAAAAGAUAAGAUAAAUUCACACUAAACUGUACUAUUCACGAUGGUAUGUAUAGUGCGCAUUAUUUUGGAAAAUUAGAAUAACGUCAGAACAGUGAAUGUUCUAACGCAGAUUUUUGAUAGGUUCGUAGGACAGGUUUGUCUUGAAAUUUUAAGGCGUUGCAGUCGUGAAUCAAUCUUAAUGAAAGUUUCAGACAUUAUUAUAUACACUAUGAAGAUUAUGUGAAGAGAUUUUAAACAAAUUUGUUCGAGUCGUUUUAGAGAUAUACAAAAAAUCGCUAAUAAAAGUCCAAAAUUUUGAAUGACGUUGCACUUAUACAGGUGGUGAGAAAACGGAUUAGUUUUCAAGAUCGCAAGAACGAAAAUACUCCAAAAUUUCCUAGCAUCAAACUAUGAUAUUAAGCAGCAUUUUCAAGCUACUUAAGAAUAAUUUGAGUCAUUUAUAACGUUUUUAUUGAAUAAUCUAUAACGGCUAUUGAAAAUUUAAGGUUUGAAAUAUAUUUUGAGUCGUUUUAGUCGAAUUCAAACAUACAGAAUUUUUUACUCCUUACGGAGACUGUUUGCUGAACACCAAACUGUGAGUUCCUAGUUUUGGAUUUUCAGUAGCUGGUCUAGUUCACACAAAAUUCGGCUUGUAUCAUUUUCAAAGUUUUUUGUUUAUCGUUAUCGCAGUAACAUCGAUUUUACUGAAAACUAAAUUUUCACAAAUUUCAAUCCAUAGCCAAUUACUGGUGAAAAUUUUAUAGCAAUCGGACAAGGAAAAAAGUCAUGAUUUUUAAGGCGAUUGAAAAAUAUCGGUAUGACCGCUGAAAAACUGUAUCGAAACACCUUAACCCUGAAAAAUUGCGGCACGUCGUUGCUCUAUGUUUCGCCACGAAUAGCUGGAUGAUGUCUGCAAGAGAUAUAAACAAGUGAAACCAAUUCCUAUUUUCUCUUUCACCCAGAUGUUAUCUCGACUGUGGUAAAACAGUUUCUUUCCCCUGCGAUUGGGAAUAACAGCAACUGGGCUCUGUGUUGGCAGGCCUCCACUCAUGGCUGGGCUGCCAGUACCUUCCACAGCAGAUGUGAUUGCAAAAAUCACACAAUUGCAAUCAUCAAAAAAGGCUCGUACGUGUUCGGAGGAUACACUGAUAUUCCUUGGGGUAAGUGGGUUUUUAUCCCGGGGGGAUGGCUAGUGUAUGAAAGAGUUGGAGAUACUCUUUGGAAAAUAAAAAUUAAAGCUCUAGAGGACACCAAUCUGCGGGGGGGGGGGUUAGGCUUUAUUUGACCGCCAAAGAAGGCAACCAACUCCUAGAGCCAAUGAAAGUCAGCCUACUUUUGAGCAAAGGCUCACCUUCUCUACUGCUGAAAUACUCUCAAGAAGAGGACCUUAUGUCGCAUCACCCAAACAAAUGUGAAUAUAUUAAUCAUCAUGUAGCGCGGUACGUUGAAACUUGAUACUUUAACCAGGGGGUUGAACUUAAAACGAACCCGUUUACAAGACACUCGUUUCAGUAUUUUUGCAGCAUAUAGCUUAUAUACAAACGUAGCAAUCACUAUAACAUCUAUCAUUAUUUUUAUUCCUUGAUGAAGAUAUGGUGGCUUUCUUCGCACCAUUUGGCCUACAUUUCUUCGAUAUAAGAGGCUACCAUCUAUUUUAAGUUUCUUUAAUUGCUUGUACGCGUCUGAUGAAUUCAUCAUUUCCGAAUAAAUUUUACGCACAUACCCUUGCAGAUCAGAUUGUUUACAAAAGGUCUGAAUUUGAGUGUUCUUCGGCUGUGUCCUGAUCUGUUUAACUCAACAAGAAAGAAUCGAUCAAAGUGAUGAGAUAAAUGAACUCAUCACCAAGUGUACUUUUGACUUUCCAAAAAUGUAGGGCUUUGUCCUAAUAACUGGAUUCAUCUACAAGGUUCAUGCUACAAAGUCUCGUCGGGGAAAACGCACUGGACCGCUGCAAAAUCUGCCUGUGAAGCUAUGGGGUCUAAGCUCGCUAUGGUGACAUCAAAAGCCGAACAACAAGCACUUGCUUCGAACAUAUCACAAAGAGUAUGGAUUGGUUUGUACAGGGAUCCCAAAGACGAUUCACGUUGGUUGUGGGUUGAUGGAUCAAGAGCGACAUAUACUAACUGGAAUCCUGGAGAACCCAACGACCAGGGAAGAAAUGAGGAUUGCACAACGAUGCUUCCUCCUAAUGGAAAAUGGAAUGAUUUAGCAUGUUUCAACAGUCUUAAAUACCUCUGUGAAACCAGUGGUAGGUGAUACGUCAAUUACGUGCAUAAUACUUUGAACUUAUCAUAGUGCACGCAGUGCAUGACUCUAGGAAGCGUGCAAUAUAAACGCAUAAUGAAUUACUUCGCGAAAAAUGGUUAAAUUAUUAUUAUUUUUUUAAUAUUAAAAGAGCCCUAGUAAUCUAGCUCCCUGUAAAAGGGCUCCGAUAGAAUCAAAACAGAAAAAUUAAAGGAAUAGAGUGGUAAGUUUUAAGAUGCGUGGCACAAAAAAUAAGGCCUCUAUCGUUUUGCUUGACUUUACUAAAUUGACAAUCGGCAAGAGAGGAUAAAGGAUAGUGUCAACUAUCGCCCAAAGGAGAGGUAUUUAUUAAGGACUAUAAUGCACCAAAUCUGAGAGUGGGGGUGGGGAGGGUGGUGUUUGUUUUGGCUACCGAAUUUGCUUCUAUUUCUAUGAUCUAAUGAGAAUUUCUAAAGGAUCAUUGGAAAGGGGAUACCAAAAGGAAAUCGUGAGAAAGUAUACUCGGCUUUGUUUGAAACUUAUUACACCACGGCUUACCAAAAAGAAAAAAAAGCAUAAAUACAGUUGAACCCCAACUGAAACUUUCAUAGCUAUGAGCACUAGAGAGCAUAAAAAGCUGCUCAAAACUGGGAAAAAAUUGCAAAUUUGCCAUUUAAAAAGUGUUUCAGGGUAUGAAGAGAUUUUGCUCUCAAGUAGUUUAAGGACUGGGACUAAGGGGUUUACCUGUGGAAAAUUAUUUAUUGGCUAAAACGUCGGCACAGAGAUCAUGGCAUCGUCCUUAACAUUUUAUAAGAAAAAUAUUGUGUUAAUAAGUCACGUGACAUAUUACGUGACCAUUUUGCUAAAAAUCUUAAAUUAUUGACCAAUUAGUGGCGGUUUAAGAAAAAAAAUCGAGCGAUAACAUUUUUCUAAUUCUUAUUAAAUAUUUCUAACACUUCAGGUUUCGAAUGACCAUCCAUUGCACUUCAAUAAAAAAAAAUUAUAAGGGAGAACAUCAUUUAAAAUGCCCUAAUUAGAUCUUGAAUUAUUUAAAACUUUAAUUCUUAACUUUGCGUGCAUUCAUUCCAAACGUAAAAAGUUAGGUAUGUUUAUCUUCUUUCAGAAAUGCCAAUUUGUUUGUCCAAACAAAGUAAAUUCGCCACCAUUCAGUUUUUGGUCACCUGACAUGUCACGUGGCCAUGAUUAAACUUUAAGGCACAAGAAAACCUCAAGAUUUACUUUUGGCCAAAAAUUCAUUUUUUUCUAGAUCUCCUAGCGAGAGAUAUUGCCAAUCAUUCAUAUGCUCCAAACACAACUUUGACCCAGGCCUUAAACGUCUUGAGUAAUUUUUUUUUCUUUUAGAUAAGAAGAAAUAUGGCGGCUAUUUCUAAUUUAGCCAUAUGGUCUUUGCAAACCUUUAUGGAUUCUUCCACUUAUUUUCAUGAUUUAAAGCCGUGCCAAAAAAAAAAAAAAUAGAAAAUCGGUAAACUGAAAUAUGUCCUAGCACAGUUUUAGCAACAAGUAUCUACUUGCAGAAUGCUAUAACAAGAAACAAAAAAUUUUGUCUAUAAAACGACGGGAAAAAAUGGCAAGGCAAGAGCCUCCUUGACUCCUAAACCCUACCUAUAAUGGCCUAUGCAUGACGGCUUCUCCCUAAAGAAGUACCUUUUCAGGGUUUAGGUAUAUGCAAGAGUAGAGGUUUCACUAGUUGAAGUAUAUGGAAGGGAAAGAAAAUCUGCCAUUGCGGUCUUGAAAGGACCUAAAAAGGUUAAAAGACUAUGAAAAAGACAAGAACCGUUCUGGUUGAGAGAUUUAUUCAUAUUUAAAAGACGGUCCAUUUACAGUAGCUUAAAAAGAGCAGGGGCACCCAACGAGAAUAUAGUUCAAAACCACUUAAACAUAGAAUUGUUAAACGUAUUUUAGUAUUUAAACGGUAGAUAUAGGCAUAUUUUUAUUCCCUAAAAAUUUUUCAUCUGUUCGGAUUUCCUAGCUGAAAGUCUAGUGAUUCGAAAAUUAUAGGGAUCAAAACUUACCUUUUCGAAAAUUUCAGCCAGGAAAAAGGCUGCCGAAAAUUCUAGGUGACCUUUUUAGGGUAAAAAUCCGUUAAAAAUAGGCAAUUAUACCAUUUUUUAGAUGUUCGAAAAUCCUAGGAGAGGCAGGCUAGCAAGAAAUUUUACAACAAAUGUUCCGAAAAUUGUAGAUCUCAAAUCGUCUUCCGAACAGAUAUUUUUCCGAAAAUUGUCGUUGGGUGCCCCUGAAAGAGGUGCAGGGGUACUAUUUGUCAAUGGAAGGUCUACGAUCCCUUUUCUGUCAAGGAAUGGUAUAAAGAGUAUAAUUUUUUUUAGUAUCCCCGGGUCCAGAAGCUGCAAAUUUAGGAAAUACAGUAAAGCAGCAAGGAUCUAUGUGCAACUGGCUGAACGGGUUUUAACCAUGACAAUCGCAAAUAUGGUAAGGAAAUCGUUAAGGCAAAUGACAAAGGCAAAUUCCGCAAAUUUAGCAAUUAUAGCAAAGAAAAAGGACGAUUUUCUAAAACUGGCAGUGCCUAAAAGGUUGACGUUAUCAAAAUUACAAAUGACAGUGGAAAUUAUCCUCAAAUUAAAUGAACAACCUAAGCGGCUGAAAAAGAACCGGAAAAAAAAAACAACAAAGAAAAACAAAUUUAGCAAAACAGACAAAAGUUAAGGCGCACGACAGAAGACAUUAAAGGGAAUAGAGGGGUUUCGUCAAGCUGCAAAUUUGCUAAUAAUAAUCAUCAUCAUCUUUAUUGAGGAAACUUUUUCAUAAAAGAUAUGGUUUUCAAAAAGGACCUCAAAACUAGAUAUAUAUUAUAAAAACAAAAAAAAGCUAUAAAAUUGCAAAGGGAUUAAAAAGAUACAAAAAAUGCAUAAAAAAUUAAAAAUAAGAAUAAGUAAAAAUUAAACGUAAGUAGCUAUAUUAAAAACUUAAAAACAUUACGUUUAAAACUAUUUACAUUCCUUGAGUCUUUGAUCGUCUGACUGAGGGAGUUAAAAUCGGAAACGGCAUGAUAUUGUGUUCUUUGCUUCCCCCAAUUUCUUUUGACACGUGGUAAUCUAAAAUUGCCUUUGUUACGUGUAUUAUGCCUAUGAAGUACGUCUUGUCUAAUCAAGUCUAUAUCGCGAUUAAUUAGGCCAUUGAUGCAUUUGUAUACGUGUACACACCUUCUUUGAAAUCGCCUUUUCUCUAGAGGCAGCCACUUGAGAACGGCUAAUGCCUCAGUGGAGGAUGAGUACAAUGGUCUAUUUAAAAUAACUUUAGCGGCCUUAUUUUGCAAAACUUGCAAACUAGACAUAAGGGUAAUAUUAUCAGGGGCACCCAACGACAAUUUUCGGAAAAUAUGUGUUCGGAAGACGAUUUGCGAUCUAGAAUUUUCGGAACAUUUGUUGUAAAAUUUCUUGCUUGCCUGCCUCUCCUAGGAUUUUCGAACAUCUAAAAAAUGGUAUAAUUGCCCAUUUCUAAUGGAUUUUUACUCUUAAAAGGUCACCUAGAAUUUUCGUGAACCUUUGUUGUGGCUGAAAUUUUCGAAAAGGUAAGUUUUGAUCCCUAUAAUUUUCGGUUCACUAGACUUUCAGCUAGGAAAUCCGAACAGAUGAAAAAUUUCUAGGGGAUAAAUACUAAAAAAUACUAAAAUACGUUUAACAAUGCUAUGUUUAAGUGGUUUUGAACUAUCUUCUCGUUGGGUGCCCCUGUAUUAUGUUUAUCGCCCCAUACUAGAUCAGCAUAUUCAAAAAGGGGGAUAACAAGACUUUUAUAGAAAAGUAGACGCGCCCUGAAAGGCAAUAAAUGCUUUAUACCCUUGAGAAGCCCAAGCCUCUGAUUGAUUUUCCCAGUUAGGUGUUCAAUGUGAUCAGUCCAUGUGAAAUCCGAAGAUAUAUGUAUACCGAGGUAUUUAAAGCUGCGAACAUUACUUAUACUAUGAUCUAAAAUUGAAACAGUCAAAUCUACUUUGCUUUCGCGUUUCCUAUUACUACCGAUAAGCAUGCAUUUAGUUUUGUCCAAAUUUAAAGUCAGUUUGUGAUCAUGCAGCCAUUUCGCCACACCCAGUAGAUCGUUAUUUAACUUAUCAAUCAACUCCUUUGAGGAUGUACCAUAGCAAUAAAUUACAGUGUCGUCUGCAUCAAGUGACGCGUAGCAGGAGUGAAGCACAUUUGGCAAGUUAUUUAUGUAAAUCACAAACAACAGAGGCCCUAGAAUGCUACCCUGUGGCACCCCAUGCGUGACUGGAAGUUCCUCAGAUAACUCAUUUCCACAUGAUGUGCGCUGUUGUCUACCAGUUAAGUAAGAACGCAACCAAUGAAGAGCUGUUUCAGAGAGGCCGAUCUCGGAUAGCUUGCAUAACAUUAUUUGAUGGUCUACCGUGUCAAAUGCCUUGGUUAGAUCGAUGAACACGGUCCCGCAAAGUUUUCCUUGUUCCAUGUUUAAGAGCACUUCAUCAGCAAAUGAGGUCAAAGCUGUUGUAGUUGAGAAACCCUUCCGGAAACCAAACUGCUUGUUGGACAAUAAAUUAUUGGUAAUCAAGUACUGAUACAACUGCAAGUGUACCGCUCUUUCCAGAAUCUUGCUUGCUAAGCGUAUCAAAAGUACGAGGGAUUUUUCCGGCAACUGCCAAGACGAUCGUUAACCAAGAGCUAAGCGCCAUGUAAUGCAUAAAACCUUCUUGGCCUUUUCUUUAGAAUUUUGUUAAAUUUAUUAUUGUUGCUAUUCUUGCGAUAUUUAUUACCCAUUCGUUUCAGAUAACAAGGAAACUUCUUGUUACUUUUGCGAUUUUUGCGAAAUUUGUAGACUUCUUGAGGCUCUUCUUUGUGUUUUGUCUUUCUAAGUCUAGAAUUUUAUUAAAUUUGAUAUUCUUACCUUUCUUCCAAUAAUUGUUACCCAGUCUUUUUAGAUAACAAGGACAUUUCUUGUUACUAUAGCGAUUUUUGCGAAAUUUGCUGACUUCUCGGGGCCCUUACUCCUAGUGGUUGCGUUUCCUCUUUCUGAGUCUAUAAUUUUGUUAAAUUUGUUAUUCUUGCUAUUUUUUCGAUAUUUACAAGGAAAUGUGUCACAAAAUUUUCUUAUGAAUCAUUUUUUUGGCUAAAAUUGCGAAAAAAAAAAAAAAAAAGAAAUGGCUAGCAAAUUUUUGCCAUCUCCAAAGUUAGCAAGGGAGAGGAAAGCCAAUUUAUGGCCAAGAGGUCUGGUGAAACAAGAGCAAAUAGAACUCAAAGAUUGAGAUGAGAUUAACUCUCACGGGAUUAGCUUGCCUAGUCCCUGCACGGCGUCUUCCCAGGCCUUCUCGGUUAAUGCAUUUUGGUGACGUAUCCGAGACCCAAAAACUCGCGCAGACCGCCUGAUCCGAAACGCAUCAGCGGCUCGCAAUACAAAAAAAGCAAGGGAGAGGAAAACCAAUUUAUGGCCAAGAGGCGGGCUGCAUCUACCAUUUUGUUCUCUGAAGAGAACAAAAUGAGAAAGAAAGAAGAAAAAGGCAAGUUAUGGACCGUACAAUUAAGGCAUAGAUAUAUGAAUAUCCCUACAAAGUUUCCGUGAAAUUGUCCCCGCUAGUUUCGUACUUUCCGGGGGCGCCCCUGGUACUUUCAUUUCUUCGAUGAGAAGAUUGAGGGUUUUAUUGCCUAUUUACGUACACACAAUCUGUAUUUAAUCAUCGACCCCCCUUAGAGUUUUUUUGAUUGAAAUAUACAAUCGGAGGAAGCAGAUCAAUAGCUCACCUCUUUUUCAAUUGCAGCCGGUUGUUAAUCCUUGUUUUUCUUCCUUUUUAUUACUGUUAUUUAUAGCGUCUGGUUACAGUACCUCUUCCAAGUCGUUUGUGUUCUCUCUUCUGGAUAAAGAAGGGCUUGCACCAUUUAAGAGCAUGGUGACGAAUACAUCAUUUGCGGUUUACCGUGGUUCAAGUUGUGGUCCAACAUUUGGUGGGGGGCAUGACAUAUACAUUGCUGAUAAUGCUAAUCAGAAUGCUAAUUCCUACACUAAUUUUGGUACCUCUUACUCUCUUCCGAAUGGAGUUACCAACAGUUCUACAAUCCUGGCUGGAACCCGUUACUUUUCACCCGACGAGGUUGAGGUAUUUUAUCUCGCUUGAGUUCUGUUGACCCCUUGAUUUCCAUGCGCAGAACUCGUUUGAAAUCAAUGAAAAAUUCACCCCAAAAAUCUUUUUAAGACAUAUUGCAAAGCAGAUCAUCGAAAAGGCCCAAAAUUUUGAGUGGUUAUAAGGUACGGAGCCUUAAGAUCCGAGGACGGUCGCGUUGGCGAAAACGCCGCUUACUGUUACACCCCUUUCUUUUGAUAUUCAGUGAAUUUGUCAAAUGUAGGAGAACUCUACUGAACAACCAUUUCAAAGUUAAGAAAGAGGAAGAAAAGUUCAUCUUUGCUUGUUUGCGUCUUCCAGAAACGUAAAAUAGAUUAGGGAUAUUGUACGUUGUAGUCGUGCAAUCGGACGGGCGGUAGAAAUGUACAAAAAGGCGUGAUGCACGUGCAAAGUCGGAGUGAUUAGUAAUCUAUUGCUUUAAUUUCUUGACGUUUUCGCCGCUGCUGCCGUCAUUGGAUCUUUAGGUCCUUAAUCUAAACGGUGUCCCACAGUAGGCUUUAACAGAUUAUUCUCGAAAAAGUAACAUAAUAUAUAUGCUAUUAGCAGUGCUGGCAUAUUUCUAAAAUGAUGCCAAUAAUUAUGCUAGUUUUUGUAAACUAUGCUCAUUUUAACAAAGAAAAAAAAUGCAGAAAUUAUGCCUUUACUAUUUAGUUAAAAGUUGGUAAAAACAUCUCAAUAGUUAUAUGCAACACUAAAUUAAAUGGCAAAAAAAUUUACCCUGUUUACAUCUAGAAACCUUUAAGAGUGCAUUCAUUGUCUGACAACUUGGGUAAUCAUCUUGGGUAACCGUGCUUGUUAUGCACAUGCGUUGAUUCAUGUGGAAAGGGACCUGGGUCACCUCCCGUUAGACCAAGGUCCCAUGAAUGUGAUGAUAUAAGCAGAGAGAGAUUGACUUUGUUACUUAAAUUUGCCUGUAACUUUCUUGGUGGCAUGAUCACUAUGACAAUUUUGUGCUGCAAAACGUUAACCAGCUAAAAGUGCAAAUUAGGCUACCAGUGCUUUUUUUUCGAAAAAUAGUUGAUAAUUAUGCUCGUGAUGACAAAUUAUGCCAAAAGUUAUGCAAACAAUUAUGCCAGCACAAUCUAUCAAAGCCUAGCUAUGCGACGGUCUGCGACACGAUCAGAACUCUGUCUGCGUCUAACGUUUUCAGACAUCCCAUGGCCAGGACGUACAUCAAAGGCAGAUAUGUGAAUUGUUAGCGACUGCAGUCUUUCCAGGUUUGUUUGAAUCUUUGUGGCCGAAACACAGGUCUGUCGACGAGGCGACGCAGACCGGUCUCCGAUCAGUGUUCCAGAUUACAUUUACCGUGUCAUUUACGCUUCGUUCACACGUUUUCAGAUAUUUUUUAAAACGGAGAGUUUUUUCUCGAUU